UCACAAACGCCUUGUUUCUUCGAAUUGUACAAUAGCAGUGAAUCUACGACAAACAUCCAAUCAUGUCAAAUAUCCAAACCAUCCAGGUCCCCCAUCUGGGCGGCAUCACCGCCGCAUAUCAAACCGCCGCCCCAAUCGACAACUCCAAACCCACUCUAGUCCUCAUCAACUCCUUCACCACGACCUCCGACCUCUACCGCGACCAAUUUUCCAACAAGGACCUCGCUUCCACCGCAAAUCUGCUCGCCAUCGAGCUCCUCGGCCAUGGCCAGACCAGGACCGCCCACGCGGAGAACUGGACGUACUGGGACUCCGCAGUCAUGAAUUUGCAGGUUCUAGAAAAGUUGGGAGUGGAGAAGGCCUUCGCGCUGGGGACGAGUCAGGGGGGGUGGAUUGCGGUUCGGAUGGCGCUUCUGGCGCCUGAAAAGAUCCUCGGCGUCAUUCCUUUGGGUACCUCUAUGGACUACGAAUCCGGGAUCAGUCGCGAACUUGGAUGCUGGAACCCACUCGACUUGCUAGGGGCUACCAUCUCCGCACUGUCUUCCAGCGAAGCAACACCCGAGUUCGUCGCGUCCGACGACUUCGGCGACUUGGUCGUCAAUUCUGGGUUCGGGCCUGACUGCCCGAGCGAGGUUCGUGAGUUCUGGAAGAGUGAGCUGAAGAAGAACUAUCAGGGUGAUGACGGCAGGAAGAGGAUGAGGAUGGCGUCGAUCAACUUGAGGGAUCGGGAUGGUUUAUACUCUCGAUUGAGUGAUGUCAAGUGUCCUGUUCUAUGGCUUCAGGGCACUGCUGAUUCUGUGUAUUCGGUCGCAAAUGCGGAGAAAGGAAUUGCGCUCUUCACUAAUUCACCCAGCGCUCAGUUGAGUUUGAUUGAAGGUGGACAUCACUUCCUGAAUGCUUCUCGUCCUAAAGAGGUAGAUGAGCACGUUCUCAAGUUCUUGAAAACAUACGCAAACUAGGACAAACAACCGCAACAAAAUCCGAUUAAAGGCGUACGAUCACUCAUAGGACAGCAACUAUUUCAGUCAAUUAUGCAUCAAUAUCCUGAUGAAUAAAGC